AUGGCGCCCUCACUCGAGGACCCAGAGCCAGUAGAAAAUGUCCUGGCGAACCCAUUAAAACAGAAGCCCCAGCUCGUGGCGCCGGAACCGGAACACUGCCCCGGCCCAGAGUCUCAACAAGCCGGGAAAGCAGACUCAUGCGCAGGAUGCCCCAACCAGGCCGUCUGCGCCUCAGCGCCCAAGGGCCCCGAUCCGGACAUCCCUCUCAUCUCAGCGCGGCUGGAGAACGUCAAGCACAAGAUCCUGGUCCUGAGCGGCAAGGGCGGCGUGGGGAAGAGCACCUUCACAACGCUGCUCGCUCAUGCGUUCGCGACCAACCCGGACAGCAUGGUGGGAAUCAUGGACACUGAUAUUUGCGGACCUAGCAUACCUAAGAUGAUGGGUGUGGAGGACGAGACGAUCCACGUGAGCGGCUCCGGCUGGUCACCAGUCUGGGUGAUGGAUAACCUGGGGGUGAUGAGCAUACAGUUCAUGUUACCAAACAGAGACGACGCUGUUAUCUGGAGAGGACCCAAGAAGAACGGGCUGAUCAAGCAGUUCUUGAAGGAUGUGGAAUGGGGGGAUCUGGACUUCCUGCUGGUAGAUACUCCGCCGGGUACGAGCGACGAGCAUCUCAGCGUCAACUCUUUCCUCAAGGAAAGCGGUAUCGAUGGGGCAGUGGUAGUCACAACACCACAGGAAGUCUCUCUCCUGGAUGUGCGAAAGGAACUUGAUUUCUGCAAAAAGGCAGGCAUUAGGAUUCUGGGACUGGCAGAGAACAUGAGCGGCUUUGUCUGUCCCAAGUGCAAGGGGGAGAGCCAAAUCUUUAGAGCAAGCACAGGUGGUGGCAAAGCCCUCGCAGACGAGAUGGGUAUUCCUUUUCUAGGAGCCGUGCCUCUUGACCCAAGAAUUGGCAUGGCGUGUGAUUACGGUGAGAGCUAUUUCGACUCGUUUCCUGACAGCCCAGCCUGCGCAGCUUUUAGACAGGUAGUACGAGGAGUGGCGGCGCAAUUAGGAGUUGAUACCAAAUCCAUCUUACCAGAAUAG